UGUGCGUAUUCUGAUCUCUGACAGUAAUUUGCCGACUUUUGUAUUUCAUCGAUUUAUACUCAUAAAAUUUGCAGUAAAAAUUGUCACACCCUUUCAACCAUGGUACUGCUACCCCUCGAAUCCAAUCCAGAUGUUAUGAAUAAGUUCAUUCAUCUUCUGGGAGUUCCCACAAAAUGGAACAUUGUCGAUGUUUAUGGGUUGGACAAUGAUGCUCUUGCUUGGGUCCCGAGACCUGUUUUAGCAAUAAUACUCUUAUUUCCUUGCAGCGAAAAAUUCUACGACUAUGCAAAGCAAGAAAGCGAAUCUUUGAAAGAAGCCGGUCAAGAAGUAUCCACAAAUUUGUUUUACAUGAAACAGUACGUUUCCAAUGCUUGUGGCAGCAUCGCCCUCAUACACAGCAUCGCCAAUAACGUUGAUAGAAUCAAUCUGGAAGAGGGCGUCUUUAAAAAGUUACUAGAAGCAGCUAAAGGGAAAACCCCAGAAGAGAGAGGGGAGAUGCUGGCCAAACCCGGCAACGACGCCAACUCGGAGGCCUUCAAGCUGAUCUCGGCCCAUCAGGAACUGGCCAUGGAAGGGCAGACGGAGGCCAACCCAAACGAACAAGUAAACCACCAUUUCGUAGCGUUCGUAGAAAAAGACGGGAAUUUGUACGAAUUGGACGGUAGGAAAGAUUUUCCUAUCAACCAUGGAACAACUAGUCAAGAAACAUUUUUAGAGGAUGCAGCGAAGGUGUGCCGCAAUUUCAUGGAGAGAGAUUCCGAAGACAUUAACUUUACCAUAAUGGCUUUGACGGCGUCCGAUUCUUAAAAGUAUCACGCGGUACCGCAAAAGAAUCGACGCGAUGAAUGCUUAUUAAGCUUACGUUUUAUGUUAUAUAAAAUUUUUGUACUUUACGUUAAAUCUACAGUUUCUACUAAGCUAACUAAUAUCAAUUACUCAAAUGAACCGUUUUAGCUUGGCUUUGAAUGUGCCUUGCUUCUCCACCGAUAUUUGGACCGUAAACACUUAUAUGUGAUAUGUGUAAUAAAUAAACUGAGUAAAUCUUAA